AUGUUAGGUCCGACCAAAUGGAGACUGCUGACGAUUGUGGCCGGCAUACUGCUGGCGCACGCGAUCGAGUCGCCGAACAGUAAGAGCCAGCACAAGCUGAACGCGCCGGUGCGCUCGUUCACCAACGCCGAGCUGGGGCUGCGGAUCGAGCAGAUCAGCCCGUGGAGCACGGGCCGGAGCGUGCCGGCGCGCAACCUGCUCGUGCCGCACCAGCUGUUCUCGCGGGCGGACGACAUCCGCUACAUCGACGCCCGCUCGCCCAACAGCCGCCACCUGCCGGGCACGUUCGGGGCGUUCCGGUUCGUGGCCCCGGCACCCGAGUCGCCCGCCACCCUCGCCGGCGUCCAGCGGCGUCGCUCGAAGGCCUUCCAGAUGCGCCGCUCGGACGAAACGGACCCGGAAGCGGCGGUGACCGCCGUGUCGGUGCUUCCCUCGCCCGAGCAGGACCAGCAGGACGCGUGGGGUGGCCAGCAGAACGUGAGCCGCGUGCAACGGCAGCAUCGCUACAAGAUCAUCCCGAUCAGCUACUUCUACCGGGAGGAGCCCCAGCCGGAAUUGAAACCGAUCGCACCGAGCCUUCCGCCGAAGGACACCGAGAACGACGAACCUGCCCGGGACGCCCGCUUGCCACCGGUGACGGAUGAAAUCGGAACCACCGAGGAGUCGGCCGCCGAAGGAAGCUACUCCCGGGCGGACACUCCCGUCAUCGGAGCGCGCCGAUCUGGCAUUCGCUUCCCCGACACGCUGAAGGCGGUCAAGAGCUUCACGCCCCAAGGCUACAGCGAGGAAAGCCUCACGCUCGGCGACAACCUGGGCAUCUUCCAGCAGCCCGUCAACACGGCCGACGACUUUCCGGCCGACUUCGACGAGGGCCGGCAGCGCACCGCCGACGCCGACGCCUCCGAGUACUCGCGCAAUCUGUACGCGAACCGGUUCUUCCGGGACUUCGGGCGGCCACCGGUCAUCUCGCCCGUCGAUCUCCGACCCGCCGAGUCGUUGCCCCGCCCGAGCCGGCUGAUCGAGUUCCCGGGGGCGGUGGGGGGCGUGAAGCAACCGUUCCGGGACGACCAGGUGACUAAGUUCGGGGACGUCGGGGGCCCCGUCACGGCCAUCCAGCGACCGUACGUGGACUUUGGCGACGGCAAGCAUUUCCGCACGGCCGACCCGAACUACUACACGGACAGCCCGUACCAGCCGGUCGGCCGACCGCCUUACUUCCCGGCCAAGCUGUACACCGAGCCGAACCAGAAGAUCUACCAGCCGCUGUGGAAGACCCGGUCACCGCGCGUCGUCUUCCCGCAGGGCGAUCUCUCCAGCCCGUCCGGUUUCGGGGUAGACAAUGUUGUUUUCAGGGAUCAAAACUUUGGCCUCAACGAGCUGGCCGCCAUCCAGGACGUGCGGAACGAGUUCAACCAGGAUGACAUCAACGAUGAGCCGGCGACGACCAGCAAAGAUCGUGUCGGUGGUGACGGUGGUAAUAAUCGUGGUGUCAGGUCCGAACUGCAGUGCCAGCACGAGGGCGGAACGUGCGAGUUUUUCCUGCUCUGCUGGAUGUCGGGCGGGCUGCUGCAGGGCACGUGCGGCGGAAUGCUGAAAGGAUGCUGCCACCGGACGGCCAAGUCGGCCAACAUCGGCAUCGACGCGAGCACGGCCGUCGACCUCACGAACGUCCCGGCGCUCGAGUACGGCCCGGUUCAGAACGACCCCAGUUGCGGAAUAUCGUUAGCGAAGCAGACGGCCCAGCGGCGGAUCGUCGGUGGAGAUGACGCAGGAUUCGGCUCCUUCCCCUGGCAGGCGUACAUCCGGAUAGGUUCCUCGAGGUCUAUGCUUUCCAGAUGCGGGGGUUCGCUGAUUUCGCGGCGCCACGUGGUGACCGCUGGCCAUUGCGUCGCCCGGGCGACCCCACGGCAGGUGCACGUAACGCUCGGCGACUACGUGAUCAACUCCGCGGUCGAGCCGCUGCCGGCCUACACCUUCGGCGUGCGGACGAUCAACGUGCAUCCGUACUUCAAGUUCACGCCGCAGGCGGACCGCUUCGACGUGGCCGUGCUGACGCUCGAGCGGACGGUGCACUUUAUGCCCCACAUCGCUCCCAUCUGUCUGCCGGAGAAGAACGAAGAUUUCCUCGGAAAGUUCGGCUGGGCGGCCGGCUGGGGCGCGCUCAAUCCGGGCUCGCGGCUAAGACCCAAGACGCUGCAGGCGGUCGACGUCCCGGUGCUAGAUAAUCGGGUUUGCGAGCGGUGGCAUCGCUCCAAUGGCAUCAACGUGGUCAUCUACCCAGAGAUGCUGUGCGCCGGCUAUCGAGGCGGUGGCAAGGACUCCUGCCAGGGAGACUCCGGCGGGCCGCUGAUGCACGAGAAAACUGGCCGAUGGUAUCUGAUCGGCAUCGUGUCCGCGGGCUACUCCUGUGCCACCAGAGGGCAACCGGGCAUCUACCAUCGGGUCGCCAAUACGGUCGAUUGGAUAUCGCACAUAACACAAAUUUCCACGUAA